AUGCAUACACUUUUAUACAAACCUUGUGAUGUUUAUGAAACAGUUCCAAUCCACUCCAGUCCAAUCCAAUCCAAUCCAGGAAAGAUGUCACAAUUCUUAUUAAGAGACACAUUGAAACGAAAGCAACAUACAAGUGUACGUUUCAUAAACAAAUGCACCGAUGAUGCAAAAUCUGUUGGUAAUAUAUCUGCCCCAUUAUCUACAUCAGCAUUGUCGUCAUCAUCAUCUCGUACCACAUUAUCAUCUGUUGGUACUGUAUCUGCCCCAACAUUUGUUUCACAUGUUGGUGCCACAUCAUCAACACAUGCAUCAUCCAUACCUACAUCAUCCAACCAGUCAUCCUUACCUACAUCAUCUACCCAAUCAUUUGUACCUACAUCUAUCCAAUCAUCUACACCUGCAUCUACUACAUCAUCUGUACCUAGAUCCACAACAAAUUGUAGUGAAUCGGUUGAGGAAAAUGUUGGCGUUCAACAUCAAGGGUAUUUACUUGGAUCUACAGGACUUGAUGGGCGUCUAUAUAUUGGAGUGCGAGAUAAAGAGUUAUUUCCUUCGGGCCCAUGUUCUUCCCUUAUCUAUGAAUCCUUUGGUGAAAGAGCUGAUUUAAACGGGUAUAGCUGGGCAACUUUAAGCGACGAGACAAAACUCCUUUAUUGGGAUGAGUUUCAUAAAAAGUGCUAUUGGGAUGAUGAAAAAAUUCCGUUAGUCCAAGCUUUAUGUAUCUCGUUUACGCAUACCGGUGGACCGGCUUCUCAUUCCAAGAUUGCUUCUGAUUUAGAUGAUUUUAUGGAACUAUGUGAUCGGUUGGAAGCGAUAGGAGAGAAAAAUGAUGAGGACAAACUAUUUUAUGAUGUUGUUGGGGGACAUGAUCGAAAAAAGAGAUUAUAUGCAUUUGGAAAGCGCAUUCGUUCUAGUAAAGGAUCUUCUGAAACACAUCGCGAACAAUAUGAGGAUAAUAAUGCCGAGACAAAAGUCGAGAUUGAGAAUUUGAAGAAGUUAGUUGAGACGCAACACGAACAAUAUGAGGAUAUUCAACAAAAAUAUAAGGAUGCUCAGAAAAAGAAUGUGGAGUUUUAG